AUGAAGCUGUCGCCGACGACUCGCGUCGUCAGAAGCGUCCUCGUCGCUUCCAUCGCCGCCUUUCUCUUCGGCUUCGACACGGGCACAAUAGGCGCAGUCACAGAAAUGCCCAGCUUCGUCGCGACCUUCGGACACUUCUCGUCGACCGUGCGAGGAAUAGUCGUCGCCUCGAUCCUCCUCCCCUCGACCCUCUCCGGCCUCGUCGCAGGAUCCGUCGCAGACCGCAUCUCGCGAAAACACACCAUCGCACUCGGGGCGGCCAUCUUUGCAGUCGGACAGGCAGUCUCGUGCGGGAGCGUCAGGUCUCUAGGCAUGCUCAUUGCCGCGAGGGUCGUUGCGGGACUUGGAGAGGGGUUGUUCCUCGGGACCGUCGCCGUCUACGUCGCAGAGAUCAGCCCGAAGGAGAUGAGGGGGCGGAUGAUGCUCGUCGCUCAGUUGGCGAUCGCGAGCGGCGUCGCGAGCGGUUUCUUCGUUUGUUUCGGCUCCGCACGAAUCGACUCCUCCCUCUCCUGGCGCCUCCCCUUCGCCCUCUCGACCUUCCUAGCCCUCCUCGUGACCCUCCUCGCGCCCCUCAUCCUCCCCUACUCCCCCCGCUGGCUUCUCCUACACAACCGCCGCGACGAAGCCGAACGAGUUCUCGACCUGCUCGUCGGGACGGGCGACGCUGUCCAGGAUGAACGGAGGGAGUUGAUGAGUGUUCCCCGAGUCGUGAAGGGUGGGAAGCGAGCUGCGUUCGUGGAGAUGUGGAGGAGGGAUGUUUGGUGGAGGACGACGUUGGGGGCGCUAUUGCAAGGCAUGCAGCAGCUGUCGGGCAUCGACUUUGUCCUCUUCUUCGCCGCGACACUCUUCAAACAAGCCGGCCUGAGCGGCACCACCUCCUCCCUCCUCGCGGGCGGCGUAACAGGCGUCCUCAUCGUCUUGACCACAAUCCUCACCCUCCUCUGGGUCGACCGUCUCGGCCGCCGAACAAUCUACAUCGGUGGCGGCUGCGCAAUCAGUGCGACGUUGGUCGUGAUUGGAGCGAUGUAUGCGACGGGAAAGGCGGGCACGGAGCGGGGAAAGUGGGUCGUGGUGGUGAUGAUUGAGCUGUUUGCGAUUGCGUUUUCCGGGUCGUGGGCGGUCAUUACGCGGUUAUACGCCUCGGAGAUCCAGCCUUCGAAGACUCGAGCCGCUGCCGCGUCCUUUUCGACAGCCAUCAACCAGGCCAUCAACUUUGCCGUCGCCCUCACAGGCCCAGUCUUCCUUUCGAAGUCCCCUUCAGGUCCUUACUUCACCUACGGCGCUCUCACGGCCUUCGCAUCGCUCUUCGCGUUCUUCUUCAUGCCCGAGACGAAAAAUCUUUCGCUCGAGUGCAUCGACACGAUGUUCUCGUCCCACUCGCCCACAUCCUCCCUCUUCGGCUCCGUCCCCCUCGCCGUUCCCCUCCCCUUCACCACCCACCGCGCGCGCCGCCGCUCCCGCCGCGACUCGGAACAUAUCCCCGAAGUCGACGAUGGAGAGGUGGAUGACGAGACUACGCGGGUGGAGAACGAGGUGGAGAAGUUUAGGAGGGAGGUCAAGUUGGGCGUCCCGCCGGCGGAGGCGGAGAAGGCGGUUACCGCUUAG